AUGUGAGCCCAAUAUGAAAGUCGCCGUCAAAGAAUCUGAGUAUAAGAGUAGCCUUAAAUUUCCGCAACUGUUUGCUCCGCCAUCUAUCUGCGAAGUUCGGCUAAGAUUGUCAGCUGACACUCAACAUUUGACAUUUCUCUGUGUUAACAUGGCAUAUGAUCUAAAGACAGAAUCCGAUGUCAAAGAAUAUCUAGAAAAACUUGGUGUCGAAUACCGCUUCGGUUGUUACUCUGAGAAAAAACCCGAAGUUUGCCAUUUAUUGGGCGAUUACUUGGAAGGCAUCAAAAAAGAUUUUGAGAAAGCGGCAAAAGUCUAUAAAUCGACCUGCGAUGAUUAUGGUUACGCAAAGUCGUGCUAUAAAUAUGGCAACUACAGUUUCUUAGGAAAGGGCAAAAGUGGCAGCAAGGGCGACCCAAAGUCAGCAUACACGUACUAUGAAAAAGGUUGCAAUCUUAACGAUUCGGAUUCUUGUCUUCAUUCCGGCUUGCUGAUGGUCUCCCGCUCUAUGCCAAAAGAAGUAGAAAGGAAUGUACCAAAGGGUCUUGAAUUCUUAACUAAAAGCUGUGACAUGAACAAUGCCACUGCUUGCUUUUACCUCUCUGGAAUGCAUAUUUCUGGCGUUCAGAAACAGGCCGAAGAAAAUGCACCCAAAAGUCAGACAAAAUCUGAAGCAGGAGAUUACAUUAUCCUCAAAGACAUGAAAAAGGCUUUUGAUUUUGCAUAUAAAGCUUGUGAACUGAAGAACAUGUACGCCUGCGCCAACCUGAGUCAGAUGUAUGCAAGAGGUGAUGGUACAGACAAAAAUGAGCAGGAAGCUGAGAAAUACAAGAAAUUGGCAAUGGAAAUGCAAGACGAACAAAAGAGGCAACAGCAAACUCUUGGAUUCCAACAAGGUAUUCAGAUGCCACAAUAAAGACAAAUGAGAUGAAGAAUAGCUGAUGUAUGUGGCGGCCGUAUUUGUUUACAUACUUAGAAGCAAAGGGUUGCUAUCUCUAAGUUUUUGUUUAAUAGGUUUUAACGAUAUUGCAAAAUAAAGCAAAAGCAAUCUUUUUAUGUUUGAAAGUUUAGAAGAAAACAAAUUAA